AAGUUGCACGGUUACCAUGGAAACGGAAAACACUCACAGGGAGGAAGAGAGAAAUGCGAGCAGCGGAACAUUUUAACAUUUAGCGUUACUUUUUCUUUUCAUUCAGUUGUGUUUCCUCCUGUCAGGAUGGACUCCGAGUACCUGAAGCAGAAACUGGGUAAAUGUUUGGUGGAGGCUCUGGCGGAAGUCGUGGAGCAGAGGCCCAUGGACCCCAUCGAGUUUCUCGCUCACUUCAUCUACAAAUACAAAGAAAACAUGGAGUACGCCAAAAAGAAAGCUGCAAAUGAGAAGCAGCUGGAGGAGGAGGUGAAGAAAGCCAGAGAGGAGGCCGAGCAUCAGAAACGGCUGAAGGAGGAGGAGGCGCGAUUACAAGCCGCACAGGAGCUCACACAGGAGCAAGUAGCUACACCUCCUCCAGCGCCACUGCAAGAGAGACCCAGGAUGGCGGACCCUCCGAAGAUGGAGGUCCUGAUGGAGGCUGAUGGGACAAACGCCGGAACUGAAGCAGCUCCUCUAGAACCCACCACACUGCCUCAGGAAGAAGAACCAGAAGCACAGUCUGAAGCAGAGAGAGCAGCAGAACCUCCACCAGGUGCGGAGGAUGUAAAGAAGGCAGAGACGACGGAUGUGGAGAGAGCGCCCUCUAGAGCUGUAAAUGAGGACACAGAGGCAGCUGAGGAACCUGAGAAUGAGCCCACUCUGAGGGAUUCAGAUGGCUCGAUAGCUCCAGAUGUGGAUGAUACAGUCUCAGAUGAUGCAGCAAGACAUCCUGAAGAACCAGUGAGCGAGACAAAUCCAAGUCAAAGCCAAAUGGAAGAGGAGGAUUCAGGUGGAUCGAAUCCUCGAGACGUCGAUGGGACGGUCUCGGUAGACGACUCGGCGGUAAAUCCUGAAGAAUCGGUGAGAAUGAGCGAUACACGACCGAGCCAAAAACAAGCAGAAGAAGAGCAAGCAGGCGAUGACGCAUCACAAACUCUGAUCAAAUCAACAGAGGAAGAACCGGUCAAUCCAGAACCUUCUCUGAUGCUGCAGGACGACGCCGAGCUCAUACACACCGACGUCACCGAAGACCAAUCAGCAGCUCUGAUGGAGAGCGACGCUCCCGGACAGGAAGAGCCCGAGACCCUCACCAACCCGAGCACGCUCAAGGACACGGUGACGUUUCCGCUUGUCUCUGUGUCACUUGUGUGUUUAAGCGUCUUCUCUGCAAGCUUCAAACCGUGGAGGAAGAUGAAGAAGACUGAAGAUGAGGCAUAUCCUCUCCAGACAUGCUUUAUACUAUAUAGGUUUAUAUAUAUAGGUCCUCUGUAGCUCAUUUCUCACAAGAUUAAAUAUUGUUUUGCGGGA